UCCUAUUGCAUAGGCUGCUGAACCGUGUUCCCGUCAGCAAUGUUGUCGUAACGAUUUCGACGCCAUAUCCCUUCUACUUCUUCAACUUCACGAUCUACACGUCGCAUCUCCCGCUUCGCUUCACCCAACCGCAAUUGCGAUCACUAGUGAUCUCCCCGACCACGGACGCUUAUCACACACCAUGCAUUUCGCCAUGCCCCCGAGGAAGACAUCGCGACCACCGCCAUAUGCAGCCCGCAACCAGAGCGGUGGAAUUGCGCUACCGCCUGCGCUCAAGAACCUCCUACGAAGCAGGGCAGGACGAUUGAUUGUCGGCGGCAUACUGGGCUUCUUUGUCCUGAUAUGGAUGCUGAGUGGCAGCGGCGGGACUAGCAGGGCCAAGUCUAAAGUUGGAGGUUGGACAGCAGCAAAUAUCCCAAAGCCGAACAUCGGAAGCGGACCGCCUGUGGUGGUGGUGACGGUUAUAGACCCCAAAGCCGAUCCAGUAUGGAUGCAAAAAAUCAAGAGCAAUAGGGAGGAAUACGCCAAACGACACGGCUACCUAACCUUCUUCCCCACCAACGACCAAUACCCCAUCUCCAACUCGCCUGCCUCCUGGUCGCGCGUCCCCGGCAUCCGCCACGCCAUGACCCUCUAUCCCACCUCAACCUUUUUCUGGUACCUCGACUCCAGCGCCCUCAUCAUGAACACUGCUCUCCCCAUCCACACCCACCUGCUCACUCCCGCUAAACUCGAAACCCACAUGAUUACCAACGCACCCGUCGUGCCACCAGACAGCGUCAUCAAGACCUUUGGCAACCUCAAAGGCGACAGAAUAGAUUUCGUCGUUACACAGGACAAAGAUGGACUGGCGCCGAGUAGCUUUGUUGUGAGGAACGGGGAGUGGGCAAAGUUCUUCUUGGAUGCUUGGUUUGAUCCUAUUUACCGAAGUUACAACUUUCAGAAGGCCGAAAGUCAUGCUUUGGAGCAUAUUGUCCAAUGGCAUGGAACCAUCCUUGCUAAACUAGCCAUGGUACCACAGAACCUCCUCAAUGCCUACGCGACCGGACCCGCGGCUGAGAAAGAUGGUCAGUACAAGGACGGAGAUCUUGUAGCAAACUUCCCUGGCUGCGACAAAGACGGCAAGACUUGCGCAAAGGAACAAGAAGCAUUUUGGGCUGUUCUUGAGCAGGGCAAGAACUAGAAGCAAAGUGCAUAGGAAUAUUGCUUCGAAAGAUUGGUCGCCUUCUGAUAGGGAACACUUUGCAACGCAAGAAGAACAGGUAGAGGUUUGGAGUAGAUUUGUAUUGGAAAGGUAAAGAUCGAUGUUGGAGUAUGGCGUACGAACUUGCACUGUCCCG